AAAGCAUCGGAGGAGUGCGUUGGAGGACGAGAGCCCCAGAAAGAGCGUGCGAGAGCCGAGUAAGACUGAAGGUGUACAGUUUAUUUGAGCUUCAAGUACCUCAUUGAUUGAUAGAUCGAAAGAUGGGGGUAGAGGAUUACCAUGUGAUAGAGCUAGUUGGUGAAGGUUCUUUUGGGAAGGUGUAUAAGGGACGACGCAAGUAUACGAGACAGACUGUUGCAAUGAAGUUUAUUCUUAAACAUGGGAAGAGCGAAAAGGACAUUCAUAAUUUAAGACAGGAAAUUGAGAUCCUCAGGAAGUUGAAACAUGGAAAUAUAAUUGAAAUGCUUGAUGCCUUUGAAACCCCUCAAGAAUUUUGUGUUGUUACAGAAUUCGCUCAGGGAGAACUAUUUGAGGUUCUUGAGGAUGAUAAGUGCCUGCCAGAAGAACAAGUUCAAGCAAUAGCUAAGCAACUGGUUAGAGCUUUACAUUACUUACAUUCCAAUCGUAUUAUCCAUCGGGAUAUGAAACCCCAAAAUAUCCUCAUUGGGGCAGGAUCUGUUGUUAAGCUUUGUGAUUUUGGAUUUGCACGUGCCAUGUCAGCUAAUACGGUAGUUCUGCGCUCUAUAAAAGGUACACCUUUAUACAUGGCUCCAGAAUUGGUGCGGGAACAACCCUACAAUCACACAGCGGAUUUGUGGUCUCUUGGAGUUAUUUUGUAUGAACUAUUUGUUGGUCAGCCUCCAUUUUAUACAAAUUCAGUGUAUGCACUGAUCCGCCACAUAGUCAAGGAUCCAGUAAAAUAUCCAGACAAUAUGAGUCCAAAUUUUAAAAGCUUCUUGAAGGGUUUGCUUAAUAAGGUGCCUCAAAAUAGGCUUACUUGGCCUGCAUUACUGGAACAUCCAUUUGUCAAAGAAAACAUGGAUGAGCUUGAUGCUAGGAAAAUUUGUCCAGCACCAUUUAGGGGAUCUGAAGCUGUCUCAGAGGGAGAGAGGAACAUCAUUCCUGCUUCGACAACUGAAACAUCUAAUGCCAAUUCUAAAGGUAAAAACAAUUCUCCCGUUCAUCAUGAGAGUGACAAAAUUCAAAAUCUCCCAAAUGAUGGUAAAGUAGAUGCACCUACACCAAUACUUGACAAUCAACAUCAAGUUUCUUCAACAGUUCCAGCUUUAGAUGGCAUUCUUCCAUCAGAUUGCCAAAUUUUAGACACACUGGAAAAAAAUUCACGUACAGUGAAAGGAGCGAACUAUAUUAGUCAAGACAAUGAAGCAAUCUCAGCUAUUCUGCAUCCCUUGAAAAGUUGGUCCAACACAUCCCCUAGUUCUUUCAGGGAUUUGAAUAUUGAUUCUGUAAAUCAGUCAUUCAGAAUUCUUACCAAUUUGCUUGCUGCUGGUGCACAUCAAAGUUGUGCAGCAUUAGAUGAAAUGAUAUGCAUUCUUCUUGAAUUUACAGCUGCCAUUGUCAAACUGAAGCUUUCUGAUGCUCAUGGUUUAGCAGUGAAGAGUCUUUCCAUUUUAAAGAAACUACUGGAUAAUAGUGGAAAUGGGAUUGGAAGUUCUUAUAGCAGGCACUGGAUUUCUCUCAGUGAUCUUUAUUCACAGAUUUUAGUCGCAAUUAGAGAUGCAUCUGGAAGGAUCCACUAUGAGUCUACUGCAUGUGUUGCCGUAAUGUUAUCCCGUGUUGUUUGGGGGCUUAAAACAUCCAUGUCAUCUGAGGGGUCAAAAGCCAUGGAUGAAACUCUCCAUCAGAUAGUUGAUCAUGCCAGAACAUCUGGAGUCGUUGAACUCUUGCUUGGAUGUUUAGCAGCUUCUGGGUCAAGUCUAAUGUCAGGAACUUCCAACAUGGUGCCAGCGGCAUGUGAAACAUGCAAAGCCAUUUGGUAUCUAAUCAAUGCACUGGAGAUUAUUUCUGUUCAAGGACAAGUCUUUAUCUUUCCAUUAGUUUAUUCUCGGCAGCAUCCUCUAUCUCAGCCUGAUGUCAAGACACAUGAACAUGGUUUAUGGAUUGAUACAGAAUCAGCUAAAAUAAUUGAGAUGAUUGUAAAAUUAUUUCUUGAAUCGAAGCCUGUGCAGCUUGCUAUUUAUUACUGCUUUCACAAUGGUCUAGAAUCUGCACUACAUGCUGCUCUUCAGCUUAUGUCAAGGAUUUGUCUAUCAAACACUUCAGUCUGCAAUGUGCUGUGUGGUUUGCCAAAUUCUUUGACUGCUGCUAAUGAAAUGGAUGUGGCUGGAGAUGGAACCAUUAUAUCAGAUAUGUUUUCGUUAUUAACUCUUUGUGCAUCAUACUUAAACAAAGAGUCAGGAGAAACGCAUAACCAAAAAUGUAAAUUAUCCAAUCCUCGUGCCCUUGUGCUCCACUGUUGCCUUGCCUUGGCGACAAUUGCUAAUUGUUUGAGGUCAGAUGGAAAAUGUUCAGCAUCAAAUAUUCUUACUAAUUCCCAGAAAAAACAGCGAGCACGGCUUUCAGUCCUUGCACACCUAUCUUCAUCUGAUGAUAAUGUGACAAACUCCAUUCAACCACACAAUGCAUCAGCUAUGCUGGCACUGUCAUUUCUUUUAUCCCUUGAAAAUGGGGGACAUUCAAAGUCUUGUAUUUCUGAAACAGCUCUGGCUUUAUUUCCUCCCAUGGCAACAUUGCGUACCACCCUCAAACUUUGGUUAUCAAGUGACAGCGAAGCACGAGCAAAUUAUAAUGGGGUGAUGUCAAAUUGGCAUGGCCUCAGGGACGGGUGUGUUGGGUUGUUACAAACAAGGCUAAUGUGGGGGGGACCUCUAGCCAUUGAACAAGCAUGUUCAAAUGGCAUACCUCAGCUUCUUAUAUAUUUAUUGGCUGAUGGGCUUACGAAAGAUGCCUCAGAUGGAAAUGAUAGAGCAAAGUCUCAUGUUGGGUUAUCACCAAUGGGUGUAGUGUGGACACUUUUUUCCUUGUGUCAUUGCCUCUGCAGCAGUGUUUUCUGUGAUAUCUUGUUUAGGAGAGAACAUGUAAAGCUCAUAACUGACUUGAUGUCUGAUGCACACCUCAAGGCAAUAAAAAGCUGGAGAGGGCUUGGUGGUGGAAACAAUGGAGUUAGAGAUCUAAUAAAUGCAGUGGUUGAUCUUUUGGCAUUUCCAUUUGUUGCAGUACAGAACUCUCCCAACAUGCCAUCAACAUCUGCAUCCAUCAACAGCGGUUUCCUUCUAAAUGUUGGGUCACCUGGUGGGAGAAUAGGAGUGGAUAAUGCGGAAAUGUUAAGAGCAAUUGAGGCACAUAUGCCUCAGUAUGUUCAAAUUCUUGUGGAGGUUGGAUUCCCUGCACGCAUUCUUAGGGGCCUAGAAUAUAUUGACUUGAAAGAUAUCGCAAGGUCUGUAGCUAUCAUUGCAAAAAUGGUGGGCUACCGUCCACUUGCUUUGCAGCUUCUUAAAGAAGGUCUUCUAAAUCCAGACAAUGUGAGAAAACUGCUUGACAGUUCAGUUCCAAAGGAUGCUGUUCUCGACUUCCUAAUGAUAAUUUCUGAUCUUGCUCGAAUGUCAAAGGAUUUUUACGAACCCAUUGACAAGGCAGGCUUGCUAGAGUUUCUGAAAGAUUUCCUAAUCAAUGCUGAUGCUGAUAUCCGUGCAAAAGCUUGCAGUGCUAUUGGAAAUAUGUGCCGCCACAGUCCCUAUUUUUACAUCUCACUUGCAAGGCAUGGCAUCAUUGAUCUCCUUAUUGAUAGAUGUUCUGACGCUGACAAACGCACUCGAAAAUUUGCAUGUUUUGCUGUUGGAAAUGCUGCAUACCACAAUGAUGUUCUAUAUGAAAAGCUCAGAAGAUCCAUACCUCAGCUUACAAAACUUUUACUCUCUGCUGAGGAAGAUAAAACCAAAGCCAAUGCUGCUGGUGCACUCAGUAACCUUGUGCGAAAUUCUAGUGUUCUUUGUGAAGACGUCAUCUCCCAAGGUGCCAUGCAGGCUUUAUUAAAGCUGGUUAGCAACUAUUCCACUGCAGCAUUGAGCCCGACCAGAGGCGAUGCUCUCAAUGAGUCGCCUCUUAAGAUCGUUCUAUUUGCUUUACGUAAAAUGUGUGAUCAUUCUAUCUGCAGAUGCUUUCUCCACUCUUCUGAGUUAUUCCCUCAUCUUGCUCAGCUAAAGCGGUCGCCUGAUGUAACCAUUGCUGAAUAUGCCUCAGUUAUUAUUAGCAAAGCCACCCAAACAUAGUGACCGUGACUAAAUUGUAGCCACGGCUAUCUGUUUGCAUAACAAUGUGAAUAUACUCAUGCAUGCUUUUGCCACUCUCAAUCAACAUUUUGUACCAUUCUGGAUC